CUCCAGACAGUCAGCUGUUCCCCAAGCGUGUUGAUUUCAAUUGGCAACAAAUUGCAUAUUGUUUAAACAAAACGAGAAAAAUGCUCUUAAUUGACUGUCAACAAGUGGUUUAACCGUUUCUUCCACUAGUUUAAAAACGAAGCCUGACUGCUGGUAUUGUAAAAGUAAAGGAAAGCGAAUUAAAGUAUAGCAAAAGCCAACGAUCAUGUCGACGGGUCUAAAAUGUCGCAAUUGCGGAUCCAACGAGAUCGAGGAAGACAAUGCUCGCGGAGAUCGGGUCUGCAUGAACUGCGGUUCCGUGCUGGAGGAUUCCCUCAUUGUUUCCGAAGUUCAGUUCGAGGAAGUGGGCCAUGGAGCAGCUGCAAUUGGCCAGUUUGUGUCCGCCGAAUCCUCGGGUGGAGCCACAAAUUAUGGCUACGGCAAGUUCCAGGUGGGAUCCGGCACCGAGUCCCGGGAGGUAACCAUCAAGAAAGCCAAAAAGGACAUCACCCUGCUCUGCCAGCAGCUGCAACUAUCCCAGCACUACGCGGAUACGGCCCUCAAUUUCUUCAAGAUGGCAUUGAGCAGGCAUCUGACCCGCGGCAGGAAGAGCACCCACAUUUACGCCGCCUGCGUGUACAUGACCUGCAGGACGGAGGGCACUUCUCAUCUCCUCAUCGACAUUAGCGACGUUCAGCAAAUAUGCUCCUAUGAGCUGGGCCGCACCUACUUGAAGUUAUCGCACGCCCUUUGUAUCAACAUACCGUCUGUGGACCCGUGUUUGUACAUCAUGCGUUUUGCCAAUCGCCUGCAGUUGGGCGCCAAAACGCAUGAGGUUUCGAUGACGGCCCUGAGGAUUGUGCAGCGCAUGAAGAAGGAUUGCAUGCACUCGGGACGACGACCCACCGGCCUCUGUGGAGCAGCUCUGCUGAUUGCGGCCCGCAUGCACGAUUUCAGUCGCACAAUGCUAGACGUGAUCGGUGUGGUCAAGAUCCACGAGUCAACGCUCCGCAAGCGUCUCUCCGAGUUCGCCGAGACGCCCUCGGGUGGACUGACUUUGGAGGAGUUCAUGACGGUCGAUUUGGAGCGCGAACAGGAUCCACCUUCGUUUAAGGCAGCGCGCAAAAAGGAUCGCGAGAGGAUCAAAGAUAUGGGCGAACAUGAGCUUACGGAGCUGCAGAAGGAGAUUGACGCUCAUCUGGAAAAGGACCUGGGCAAGUACUCCAGCUCCGUGUUCCGCCAGCUGGCGAAGGGAAAGUGCGCCACCUCGGGCAGCUCCCCAAGCACUCCCACGAGCACCUCUGAAAAGGAUCUCGAACUGGAGGAGUCACGCCAGUUUAUCGAACAAUCCAAUGCACAGGUCAUCAAGGAGCUGAUAGCCAAGAACGAGGAUGUGAAGAAGGCCGAACCCGGUGGCUUGGUGGCUGGCAUCGAAGGCCUCCGUCCGGACAUCGAGGCCAUGUGUAGGGUGACCCAGAGCGAUCUGGAGGACGUGGAGAAGGCCAAACAGCCCCAGGAGCAGGAACUCAUCACCGACGAUCUGAACGACGACGAGCUGGACCAGUAUGUGCUGACCGAAGAGGAAGCGGUGGCCAAGCUGGAAAUGUGGAAGAACCUCAACGCCGAGUAUCUGCGGGAGCAGAAGGAGCGCGACGAGCGGCUGGCCAAGGAGCGUGAGGAGGGCAAGCCGGAGCGAAAGAAGCGCAAGCCGCGCAAAAAGGUCAUCGGCCCCUCGUCCACCGCCGGCGAAGCCAUCGAGAAGAUGCUGCAGGAGAAGAAGAUCUCCAGCAAGAUCAACUACGAGAUACUCAAGACCCUGACCGAGGGCAUUGGCGGGCUGACGGACGACUCGGCUGGAACCAGUGCGGACACCAAACCGAGCACUCUGGAGGAGUUGAAGCAGCAGCCCGUGAUUGUGGAGGAAGGACCCAUUGCUCCCAAGAGCAGGGGCUCCAGGCCAGCCUACGACCUGCCCGGGCCAAGUAGGAAGCGCCCCAAGCUGGAGGUGGGUCUGCCUGUCAGCCAGGCAGCGGAUGAGGAGCAGCCAGAUACCAAGCCCGCUGUGCUGGUAGAAGCAGAUGACGUGGACGAAGACGUGGAGGCGGAAGCCGAAGAGGCUGAUGCCGAGCCCGAGGCAGAACCGGAGGCCACUCUGCAGGACAUGCUCAACACGGGCGGGGACGACGAUGAGUUCGGCUAUGGCUUCGACGAGGAGGAGGAAUACUAGGCCUAGACUCGCAUUUAGCGUUUAAAACAUUUUAGUAUAUAUAGUACACACCGACUUUAUAGUACCCAACCUACUCGUAAUACAAUUAAACUAAGCAUUAAGGCCCGUGCACGUGUUGCCGCCCAGCGCGUUAGCAGGGAAGGUCAUUAAAUCAUGGCCUCCUCCUCGCAGCCAUUUACAUGUUUAAGCCAUGUCGGCGCGAGCACUCCCGUACACUCCGGAGUCCGGACUGGUACUUGUAGCUAUGUAGCUUCUAAUUGUUGGCUCUGCCGUGGCGCGCCUCCAAGUGCUGCAAAUAAAUAUUUCACUCUUAAUCAUGUUUUGCACUCUGUUUUGCUUGCCUUUCUCCGGCACUGCAGGCGGCCACCAGCUCAGUUCAGCUUCUGCUUCUGCUUCUGCUUCGGCUUCGGCUUCAAUUCAGUUGUUGGCCCGGCCAGGAACUUGGCCCGGCUCCACGGCCGUUGCGUUGAGUGGCAAGUGCCCGGCAAUGAGCUGUUGAGUCUGCCGAGCACUUGUCUCUGCGAUUUUAUAGUUAUUAUGUUGUAAUUAGUGUUAAUUUACUUGCCUCCGGUUCAGCAAGUCAGCUUCAGCGCUCCCAUAAACUAUGCUACACCUUGGGGCAGCUAACGAUAUUCGAAUUGUUAGUAAUUUCUAUUCCGAACAAAUUAGCUAAUUGGCUAGGCUCUAUGAUUAAGUUGUCGUCUAAUAACUAUAAGCUAAUUAAUUGCUUAAUAAAUAUUUUAAACUUAUCAGUAAAAACUUAAACUUUUGGAUUAAUUGCCACAUCCCUAUAUAACAUAGUGUGUCUAAUAGCCCUUAAGAACCAUAAAGUAUUUAAUUGGCAGUUCUCAGAUCCCGGCAUUUUUAUUCACCGAACUAAUAAUGAAACAGAAAAAAUCAGACAAUUAUCGAAUACAUUUCCUUCAUUAAGCAUAGUUAACUUUCGAUUUAAACUUUUCUCACACUCCAACUAAAUGAUUGCAACUUUUCUGUUCGUGGAACCUGUAAUUCGUUUCACUUUUCAACAAAUUUAUGUCGGAAGCAAAGUUGAGAGCAAGCCGGCUUUCCCCGUUCGCCAAAUGGCUGCCGAACCAAGCUGAAGUUAACUGCACUUAAUGCCCAUUCGCUAAUUUGCAUAAGCCCACAGUGAGGGCCCCAAGGAUAAUUAUUAAUAAAAUGCACACGAACCGCUCGAGAAUCCAGGGCGUGGCCCUGGCCAUUUCCCGGGGCAGGCUUUGCUGGCCAAGUUGCAACGAUAAUGUGAACUGUAGGCACAUGUAAAUCCCCAAGCAAAUGUGACAGUAAAAUGGCAAUUAGUAGACAUCUUGACUUGACCAGCCACUUGGAAGUUUCCUGGUCAGUGCGACUAAUUUAUGCGCAGCCAGCUGGGAACUGUUCGGAGCAAGGUGGAGGUGCUCCUAGUCCAUCCAUGGCACGCCUCUUGAUGUGGAUAAUCGCCCGAUUAAGCACAUUAAUCCCCAAUGACCGACCUUUAAUGCUGCUUAACACGCAUUCUCCUAUAGGUUUUUAGUGGUGCUCACUUUUUUUGCCAGGUAUUACGAAAG